UACGAGAAUUAAUUAAAUCAUGAGCCCUUCCCAAUUUCAUGAUGAUCAACAGGCGAGGAAGGAGAUCAAUGGGCCACGACCAUCUCCAUUGAAGAUCAACAAGGAUUCCCAUUUUAUUCAAAAACCAUCUUCCUCGGCACAUUCAUCUUCUUCUACUUCACCGUCCUCGCUCAGUGCUGUAGCCGCUACAGCCUCCGUAAAACAACAGCAUCAACAACAGCGACAGCCCCCAGUUAUCAUCUAUACCCACUCUCCCAAGAUUAUUCACACCCAAGCUCGCGAUUUCAUGGCUCUAGUGCAAAAGCUGACGGGGCUUUCACGUUCUGAUGAUCAGCCGGUGCAACCUCAACCUCAGGAAUCUGGGCAAGUUUCUUCUUCUGAAAGGAAUAAUUUUAACACAAGAGCAGGCGACGACACCGAGUCAUCAUCGCUUGUUACCGAUGGGAACUGUGGCGGAGGUGGCGGAGAUGUUCAGGUCAGCUCAUCUUCCAUUUCUCCAGUCUGCGAACCGCCUAAUCCUUAUAUAUCCGAUAUUCCUCUCUUUACACCAAACUCAGCGGAACUCUUCUACUCAUCUCGGCCGUUUUAUAGAUACCCAGAUACAGUGUUUACACCUCCCGAUAUAGGGAAUUCAAUCUCCCCUUCAGCUCUCGAGGCUAGGAAGGGAUUGCAGGAAUAUUGAAGCGGG